AUGUGUGUACCGCUUUAACACAUGUCACACGUCACUGAUUGUGACGUCACACGCGGAACUAUCAACAUGGAGGACGGGAGAGAGGCUUCCACGAAUUCUCUUCUGAAUGAUGAGUGCUACGCUGAUUUCCUGGCAGACGACUUUGAUGUGAAGACCUACACUGCUCAGGCUAUUCACCAUGCGGUCAUCGCAGAACAGCUGGCCAAGUUGGCACAGGGCAUCAGUCAGCUGGACAAGGAGCUGCACAGCCAGGUUGUGGCCAGACAUGAAGACUUGCUGGCUCAGGCAACUGGGAUAGAGUCUCUUGAAGGGGUCCUUCAGAUGAUGCAGACAAGGAUCAGUGCUCUGCAGGCAGCUGUCGACAGGAUAAGUACGAAGAUUGUGGACCCAUAUAACAAGAUUGUGGCCAGGAUUACGCAGCUUGCCCGACUGCAGGUAGCCUGUGACCUGCUACGGAGGAUCAUUCGUAUUUUGUACCUGAGCAAGAGGCUCCAGGGCCAGCUUCAGGGGGGCAGCAGGGAGCUCACCAAGGCAGCUCAGAGCCUCAACGAGUUAGACUAUCUGUCACAAGGUGUGGAUCUGAACGGCAUUGAGGUGAUUGAGAACGACUUGCUGCUGAUCAGCAGAGCCAGACUGGAAGUAGAGAACCAAGCCAAGAGACUGCUGGACCAGGGCAUGGAGAUCCAGAAUCCAACCCAGGUCGGCACAGCCCUACAGGUCUUCUAUAACCUGGGCAGUUUAACAGAGACCAUCAACAGCGUAGUUGGGGGUUACCGCACCUCUAUUCAGGACAGCAUCGCCAGUGCUCUGGACAUCAAGGGUCUGACACAGCCGGCCAAUCCCAGAGGUGCUCCAGGCAGAGCAGUGCUGCCAACACCAGGCAACACAGCAGCUUUCCGCGCUGCUCUGUGGACCAACCUGGAGAAACUGAUGGACCAGAUAUGUGCUGCGUGCAGACAGGUACAACAUCUGCAGAAGGUCCUGAUGAAGAAGAGAGAUCCUGUCAGUCAUGUGUGCUUCAUUGAUGAGAUCAUCAAGGACGGCCAGCCUGAUAUCCUCUACACCUUCUGGACCGAUGUAACCAACACACUUAGCGAGGAGUUUCACAGAGCAACUGAAGCCUCAUCCUUCCUGAAGCAGGCAUUUGAAGGAGAGUAUCCUAAACUGUUGCGACUGUACAAUGAGUUGUGGCGUCGCCUGCAGCAGUAUAGCGCCAGCCUACAGGGGCCGCUAACAAGCAGCGGAGGGAUGGACACAUCUCUGGACAUCACAGCCACGGACACAGACGGCCAGGACCUGUUCACCCACGGCAAACAGGACUACAACCCAGAAAAGGCUCUGAGGGACUCUCUACAGCCGUACGAGGCAGCCUACCUCUCCAAGUCCCUCUCUCGCCUGUUUGAUCCUAUCAACCUCGUGUUUCCUAUGGGCGGCCGCAACCCGCCCUCCAACGACGAGCUGGACAGCAUCAUCAAGACUAUCAGCAGUGAGCUGAAUGUAGCAUCAGUAGAUCCAGACCUCUCCCUUGCUGUGGCCAAGAACGCUGCCAAGACUGUCCAGCUCUUCUGUGUCAAGUCUGAACAACUGCUGUGUACUCAGGGUGAUGCCAGUCAGGUGAUCGGUCCAUUAACAGAGGGCCAGAGGAGGAACGUUGCAGUGGUGAACUCGCUCCACCGUUUGCAGCAGGCUGUGGCCAAGAUUAUAUCAGGUCUGGGGACGUGUCCACCGGCCGCUGCCGAGGCCCUGUCGUCAUCUUUGAAGGGAGUGCAGGCCCUGAUGAGCAGUGCCGUGCAGCCUCUCCUGCAGUCAGUCAGUGACUCCAUAGAGGCGAUCAUCAUCACACUACACCAGGAAGACUUUUCAGGGCCACUGUCCAGCUUUGAUAAACCCGACGUCCCAUGCUCCCUCUACAUGAAGGAACUGCAGGGCUUCAUCUCCAGAGUGAUGGCUGACUACUUCAAACACUUCCAGUGCAUGGACUUCAUCUAUGAGAGCACAGAGUCCAUUGCUCAGAGAACCAUUGAGCUGUUCAUCCGCCACGCCAGCCUGCUGCGCCCACUGGGAGAAGGUGGCAAGAUGAGGCUGGCCGCUGACUUUGCACAGAUGGAGAUGGCAGUAACUCCUCUGUGCAGGAGAGUGUCUGACUUGGGGAAACCUUACAGAAUCCUGCGCUCCUUCAGGCCACUGCUGUUUCAGACCAGUGAGCUGCUAGCCAGCAGUCCAGUAGUGGGUGACCUGAUCCCUUACAGCACCCUGCUGCACUUCCUCUUCACCAGAGCCCCUUCUGAGCUCAAGUCACCACACCAGAGAGCUGAGUGGUCCAUUGCCCGUUACUCCCAGUGGCUGGAUGAUCAUCCUGCAGAGAGAGACAGGCUUACCUUGAUCAGGGGUGCUCUGGAGGCCUAUGUGCAGUCGGUGAGGGCUCGGCAGGGCAAAGAGUUUGCCCCCAUCUACCCCAUCAUGCUUCAGCUGUUACAGAAAGCUGCCAGUUGUGCACAGGAGGUCAGAGCCUGACAGCAGCACAGCUAUAGUGUGAUGGUAUCUGAACAGCAGCUUUGUGUUAAACUUCUCACCCUGACUACAGUACAGGAGGGUAUGUGAAGACAGACAAUAUUGGGAUAAGGUCUAGCUCUAUGCACACUUUGUGAAGCCUCCUUUGGGCAGUUGUUUCUCACUCUAUAUUUAAUAUUAACUACAUGAGUGUUGUGUAGGGAUGUUUUGGGCAUGAGAUAUUUGACUUUGAAAAGGAGCUUUGACUAUCUGGAAAUUAUUGUGCUCUGAGGCAAACUGUAAAGAUUGAUCUGUUACCCAGGUGGCAACUCUCUGUAGAACACCGCAGCAGCGUUCUGGCUCUGAUCAUCACAUUGUGCUGCACAACUGUAAAACUGUAACUGAUUGUGUGUGCAAACUGAUCACUGACGCUUGAGAAUAAAUACUUACAGAACUUUUA